AUAAUAUAUCUUACAGCUACUGUAUCGUCUACACGAUAUACAUGUCGAUGAUUGUUGUCUAGCUCGACAUUCACUCCAUGACCAGUUUACACUAUCCACACUUGAAUUAUUCCCCUGAGUCACAAGGCUCGAACUUCAUUGAAAAGGAACAGAAGUCCACGAGUGAUGAUAAUGUUUGUCUAGCUCCACUGCAUCGAUAUGUACAUAUGAAUGAUUCUGCAAAUACACAAAUAUUCACUUUUCUACUACUUCCCCAUCUUUUAUGCGGUUUAGUUGAUUUUGUUGAAACCAAAGUGUUUCACUAUGCUGAACACGAUUGGUUUGUACGCUUCGAGCGAACAGAUACCCAUUUGGGAUUUUUCUUAGAACUACUUGUACCGAAAUAUGAAGAGUGUGAAAAUUUGUAUAUGACAUCCACGCACUCAUCAGCAGCGACAACGACAGCAACACCAGCAACUGUAACAAACAAAUUAAAGCAUAAAUUGAAUAAACGUCCGACACAAUGGAAAACUAUUACAGUGGACUUUGAAUUCACUAUAAGAAAUCGUGGAAUUUUUAGUCAGAAUGAAUGUUUUUCUCGAUUAAAUUGUACAUUUACACAGAAUGAUUUUAAGCAUGGACGUAAAAAUGUGAUUGAUUUGGCGGCAUUAUCUUCAAAGCGUUUUUUAUUCGAUGAUGGUAGGUGUAUCAUAGAGCUUGGAUUACGUAAUCCCCACGUUACUAUAAAGCUACAGGCGAAUCAGACCAAGGAUCCAACAAAUGAACUACCGCUGAGUAAAAAUAUAAACAGAUCACGUAAUCCUAAUCCUAUAGUACUUAAACGAAUGGAUAAUACAACAUUCACACUGCCGAGUACAAUUCAUUUUGAGACGGAUAAAUUUCUCUAUGCUGAUGAUUUAUGGAUGUUGACGAUUGAUGUUGAACCGUAUCGUGAUUUGUCGACAAAUCUCGACUUCAAUAUUGAUGAGAAUCAAGAUCUCUGUGUGGAUGUUGAAGUAUGCUUAGUAAAGCAAACUUCACACAGGAAUUAUAAUUAUGCAUGUAAUGAAAGUGAAAAACCACUGGGAUCACAUUGGAUUCACCUUACAUGUAACGCUUAUUUACCUGGUGAAUGUAAUACAGGACUAAUGGACUUCUACAUAGGAUCACAUGGAUGGCCGUUGAAAGCGCAUUGUUGUAAAUUCGAUGAAUUAAGGCAUCAACAGAUAGUAGAGCAAAGUCGUAGAGAUAGUCUACGAUGCGACGCAAAUGAAUAUUCAGGGAAAAGAAACAAAAGUUCAGCAUUGGCCUUUUUACUUAGUACAGUUUCAUCGAAUUUCAGUAUUACUCUAGAAAUGAUACUGUAUGAACAGUUGACAGUUGUUAAUUUUCCUAUAAAUAGUUUUGAGAAUUCUAAUGAUACAGACAGUUGUAUAAUAAGCGAUCCGAUGCAAUUACACUGGCGACUGUUUAUGAACUCUUCGUCGCGUUUAGUAAGACUAGGUCUUUUGCAAGAGCGAAAGAGGCAUGCGGAUCAUCAGACACAAGGAGCAAGUGGGGGUAGACGAUCACCGAAAAAGUAUAGUAAACAGUAUUCUCCUGAUGUGGUCACCAUUCCCAGCGGUUAUAUGAGUCUAGUUGGCUGUAAACUGCGUAUUCGUAGUUGUCAUAGCGACAAAAAUCAUUGCAAUCAUACUAUUGAACCUGUGGGCAAAGAAAUCUUACACAUAAUGUCCACCAAGUCGGAUGUAUAUGAGGAAGCAUUACCACACGGAAAACAUCAGCACAAUUAUACAAAUCAUGUGCAGGAUAAUUUGAAUAUUUUUCUAAUUGACUAUUUAUCGCAUAAUUUGUUGAAAAGUGAAGUUACAGAAUUAUGGAGAGAUCUGUGUAACAGUGGAGCAGUGGACAUAAGUAUUAGAGAUUCAAAACACUUGUACAGAAAAGCUAAUCAAAUUAGUAUUGGACAAGUGGCGAUGGAAAUAACGCGACAAGAACUUACUGAUUCAAGCUUGGGAUUAUUUAAUUCUAAAACUGGUACAAUUGUUAUUGAAAUACACUGGUUAUACAGACAUCAAGUUUACAUUGAUACAAUUUGUCAAACAGAUGAAAUUGGAGCACGACAGUAUCAACAAAUGAGAUGUGAACUGAUGAGAAUUACAAAAGAAAAAGAUGAAUUAGAACGACAACUUAUGGCAUUUCAACUCGGUUUGGUUCAGAUUGACUCACAGUCUCAAGGACCGAAAAGCAUGCUCCCGAUAGAAAGUGUAACAAGCCAAGUUGGUCGAUCACGACGUGUUCCUGCGAAAGUGAACGAUGACUACGCGCCAUCCAAACGUUAUAUUGAAAAAUCUGAAUCACAGCAUUUAAACUACAAGAUGAAUGAUACUGUACCCCAGUUUGAACAUGGAUAUACAAAUCAGUCAACCAGGUCACAGGCACAGAAUACAUUUUCUGCACCGUAUUACAAUUCAAAUAAACACAAAACAAAUAAACCGCCUGAUUUGACUUUGAGAUCUCAUUUAGACGGUGGCAAUCGUCGUAGUUCAUUUGACUAUGAGUUUUCGGAUGAAUCUAUUCCAAGGAGCUCAGUUCCUGUUCUUCGGCCGUACUCAAGUCAACUGCCGAGCUCUAGCACUGGAUUAUCAGAAAAAAGAAGACAGUUUAUCAGUUCAAAAGGCAGUUGGAAGACAUGUGAAGCAGUCAGAUAUCGACCUGAUCCUGAUUAUAACCAUGUCCACUACGCGUCUAGACACCCUUCACAGAAAACUCGGUCAAGUAGAGAGUCGAGUCAAAGUUAUGCAGCUGGAAACUAUAGCCCAUGCUCAACAUCAGGUUCAUCCACUUCACGUGCAUUUACUACACGCAGUGAACACGAGUUCUCUUUUUCAUCCAGAUGAAGUUUAUUCAUUCAUUCAUGAUUCC